AUGAAUUUAAGGCCUACUUCGAAUAUUAUUCGUACACCAACAAUGAUACCAAUUUCACAAAAUCCUUUAUCUCGUACUCGGAUAAAACGACGAGCAACAGAAACUUAUUCUCAUCCAACCUUUGAACCAUUAACUGUAGCAGCAAAACCACUGCAUUCUCCUCUAUUAAUGGCUAAUAAUCAUUCAUUGAAAAUAAAAACUAAACAAAUAAAACCACCAUCAACAGCAUUAGGACGUAUUCAUUCUGCUUCACCAUCAACGUUAAUACAAUCGACUACCGAGAAACAUGUUCACUUAUUAACAUCGGAUGUAUCGAAUAAUGAUGAUCCUCUAGUCUCAUCAAUACCUUCUCCUCGAUUUCCAGACGUAAAACAAGAAGAAGAAAUAGAAAAGACAGCUGGUCCAAUAGUUUCUGAAUCAUCUAAUUGUUCAGAAAUUCUUUCAAAUAUUUCAUUAAAAUCUAAGACAAAAUUAAAACCUCAAGUUCCACGUUCUCGUAGUGCUAUGGAGAUAAAAUCUUCAUAUAAUAAAAAUGAUCCACGUUUUAUAUUAAUAACUGAUCAAGAACAUCGAAUUGAAAGUUGGUAUCAUCAAUAUCCAUUUAUACUUAGUGAUGAUCUUCUUCAAUUAUUUCAAUCAAAAUCAUCAAAUAAAACUACAGUAUUAGCUUAUUUUAUUGAUGAUGAUCAACAUUUCAUUAAUUCAAAUUUAACAACUAAAACAAUUUUACAAGGUAAACCAUUUCAUAUAAAUAAUGAUUGGAAAAAAUAUGAUCUUAUUUUUAUAUCAAAUAAUAUUUAUCAACAAAUUAUUAUUUAUUUACAAACAAUUAUUAAUUUAAUUAUAAAAUCAUCAGGAAAAGUAAUUCAUAUUUAUCAAAUAAAUCAUCAUGAAGAUUUAAAAACACAAGUUAGAUAUAUAUGUAAACAAUUAAAUCAACAAAUGUUUUCUCAUGUUUAA